AUGGAGCAACAGCAGCAGCAGCAACGCGCGGUUGUCGCAGCGGGCGGCGUCACUGCCGCGCAGACUGGCGGCGGGGCGGAUUCCAUGGCCCUGACGUAUCUGUGUAAACAGCUCGAGAAGAGCAAGCUGGUGGAGGGAUUGGUCGUGAAGGCGUUCGUUGUCGAUCAUAAGGCUCGUGAAGAGAGUACCAGGGAGGCUCAGACUGUGGCUCGCUGGCUGGAGGAAAUGGGCGUCGAUCCAGAGAUUCUGGAGCUCCAAUGGCCAGACUCCGAGUCGGAUCCGUCCAAGGUGUCCGCCUUUGAAACGCACGCUCGGAGGCUGCGCUUCCAAGCCCUGGGAAGAGCCUGUCGGAACAGUGCGAUCGAGACGCUGCUGAUGGGUCACCAUCAGGACGACAAUGUCGAGACCACGCUGUGGAGGCUCUGUUCCGGCGCGAGGGGCGCUGGAUUGAGCGGCACUCCCCAGGUAGCUCGCAUCCCCGAAUGCCAUGGUCUGUAUGGCGUGUCGGAGAGCGGCUCGUGUUCAAUCCUUAAGGCGCGACAAGCUCUUCGUCCUCAAAUACGCCUAGAUCAGAAGACCAAUGUGGCACGUGUUUCUUUCCCUUCUUCUGAGGUCGUUACGGCCUCUACGGAUAUCAAAAUGUCCACCGGAGGUAUCUUGAUCUGUCGUCCUCUUCUCUCGUUCCCCAAGAGCAGGCUGCUCGACACCUGCCACCACAACAAAGUCCCCUACGUGACUGAUCCGACGAAUUUCGACCCUACCCUCACUCCGAGAAACGCCAUCCGGAGUCUGCUGUCGUCGAACCGGCUUCCUCGUGCUCUGCAGGCCCCCUCCAUCCUUUCCCUAAUUAAGAAGAGUCAGGAUCUUCUGCGAGACUCGACGGAGCUGUCGAACGGCCUGUUGAAGGAGUGCAAGGUCCAUGACUUCAACGCUCAGGUCGGGACGAUGAUCGUUCAAUUUCCUUCUUCUUCUUCUCUCAAGGAUCAGCGCGCUGGCAGUGGCAGCGGCAGCGGCAGCGGCUUUUCAUCCAAAGACUGCCAGAUUCAAGCCAUGACACUCCGCCGCAUUACGGAGUUGCUGUCUCCAUUCGAGGAGAACCAUUUCCCGCUUCAGAGCUUUGAAGCCUUUACCGGACGUGUGUUUCCAGAUCCAGACCAAGCCUUACAACAACAACAACAACAACAACAACAACAACAACAACAACAACAACAACAACAACAACAACAACAACAACAACAACAACAACAACAACAACAACAACAACAACAACAACAACAACAACGACAACCUUUUACGGUCGGUGGAGUCAUGUUUCGCCCCGUUUCGCAAUUCGUUCCAUUAGCAGAAGCAGUAGCAGCAGAACACAGAAGAAAACCGGAAGGAACCCCGUCACAGCCGGACUGUACCUCCUCCUCCUCCUCCCCCAACACGAUUACAAGCAAUAAUAUCUGGCUCCUCUCACGACAGCCAUAUAUGCGCCAUCGCCUGCCUGAGAUCCGCCUCGAGGCACCGGUAGUAUCAGCAGCAUCGGCAGCAGCAGCAGCCUCACCCGACGAGACCGCAGACAGACCGUACAGUCCGUGGAUCCUUUGGGACAACAGGUACUGGUUCCGCAUGCGAGUUGCCAUGUCCAUGUCCGCAGAAGAGGAUAGGAACGAACCUCGAACAAUCCCACUCAUCAUCCGACCCCUUCAACAAGACGAUCUGAAAACGAUUUACCAUCUUCUUGAUCAGGACCAGACCCACGACCGUAAUCAUAAUCAUGCCCAUCUCCAACAACUCCUCUCCCACCAAGCACCGGGUACCAUCCGCUUCACGGUACCACUGAUAACGACGACCAUCGCGAAAGAUAAAAGCGAGAAGAAGCAGCGUCCUGACUCCGACACCGAUUCCAAGGGAUCAGAACAAGAACAGGAACAGGAACAAGAACAACCCCUCGCCCUACCCACGCUGCAGAUCCGAAUACCAGGAUCGUUGAACCACGGAGAAAAUCAAGAAUGGACACUGGAAUGGGAAUGGAUGUAUAAGAGUAUUGAUACCCAGGCGUUGAAAUUGAUGGGUUGGUUGUUGGAUGGAUGA